GGCAGUCCGGCGCGCUCGCGGGGAGGAGGAGGAGGGGCGGCGGCGGCGGCGGCGAAGGGGCUGUGCCGGCGCCGCCCGGAGCCAAAAAGGAGGUCCCCGCGGUUGGCUUGGACCCCGCGAAGCGGCUGAGGCGGCGGCCACUUCGGGAAGGACAAAGGCAGCAGAGGCGGGUGAGCCGCCUGGAGGCGGAGGCGAUCCGUGAAGGUCUGAAAAUCUCAAGCGUGAAUCUACUUCUCUGCCGCGAAAGGAGAGCAGUUUCACUGGGACGGAACAAGGAAAAAAACAAGACCUCCAGUGACAGGAACAGAAAAACCAAACCCAUCGUCGGUCUGCCCAGAGCUUAGAAAACCAGCCAAGCGAAAACAGUUGCCAAGAUCAACGGACUAGCCCUAAACCCUUCCAAAUCCAAAGUAAAGCUGCGGAUGUGUAACCCUUGAUCUCGUCAUGGGGCGGCCGAGGACAGCGAGAGGUCAAAAUACCAGAAAGCUUUAGAAGCAUACAAGAAGAAGAAGAAGUCGGCAGCUGUUCAAAGAGAAGGGAAGAAGGGGAAGCAAAAUGAAAAGACGCGUUUCUGCCCUAGCUACUUGCAGACCAAGAGGAGAGAACGUCACCUUUCUUUUCAUCGCUCCAGAAGACCCCCUCAAGGGCCGUUCCUUGGAGUAAACGGCUUGCUCGUGGCUAAACAAAAGAUUUUGGGAUUCCUUUUCCUCUACUCCCCUUCGGACCCCUUGCGUAAAAGGGGUCAACCAGUCUGCCAAAAUGAUGGCCGCUCGGAACAAAGGCCUGAAAAUGUUCACCCUUGCCUUACUCUUCAUCAUCACCAUCACCUCCUUCCUGCUCAACUACACCAACAAUGUGGUGUCUACCUCUUGGGAUCCCAAGCAAAUCGCUUACCAGUUGUCGGAGCAGGUUAGAAAACUGCUGAACUAUCCCAGGCGGCCCUGCAGUUGCGACACCUGCAUUUUGGAAGAGGGCUCAGCCUGGUUCGAAGAAAGGUUCAACGUAACUAUGCAACCCUUCUUAACCAACCAAAAUGCCUUCCUGCCCCAGGAGAACUACAGGUGGUGGCUGAGACUCCAGGCAGAGAGAAGUCCCAAGACCAUGAAUGAGACUGUCCAGGAACUCUUCAACUUCAUUCCAGGAGACUGGGAACAUUUUUUGGACAGGAGCAGUUCCCGGUGUCGAAGGUGUGCUGUGAUAGGAAAUUCAGGGAAUCUUCGGCAGUCGCAUUAUGGCCAAGAGAUUGAUGCUCAUGACCUUGUGUUUAGAAUGAACAAAGCCCCAACGAAGGGCUUCGAGUCAGACGUCGGCAGCAAAACAACUCAUCACUUUGUCUACCCGGAAAGCUAUCGAGAACUAGAGGAGACGGUCAGCAUGAUUCUCAUCCCCUUCAAAAUCUUAGACUUGCGUUGGGUCAUCAGCGCCCUCACCAAUGGCACCAUCAACCACACAUAUAUUCCUGUUCCUCGUAAGAUCAAAGCCAACAAAGACAAGAUCAUGGUCUAUCAUCCUAGUUUUAUAAAAUACGUUUACGACAACUGGCUCCAACAUCACGGGAGGUAUCCCUCAACCGGCUUCCUGUCAAUUAUCUUUGCCCUUCACCUCUGUGAUGAGGUGGAUCUCUACGGCUUUGGGGCAGACAGUAAAGGCAACUGGCAUCACUACUGGGAGAACAAUCCUUCGGCGGGAGCCUUUCGUCAAACCGGCGUCCACGACGGAGACUUUGAGGCCAACGUGACGCAAACCCUCGCCUCCGUGGCCAAAAUACGGCUCUUCAAAGGCAGAUGACCCCGGCUGUCAGACAAGCGGUGAUCUCCUGACGAGAAGGAAAGGCAGAUGUUUUUAAAAAAUAAAUGGAGUCUUGGAGUGGGGCGGUCCGUCAAGUCUCAGCCGAGAAAGCUUCAGAGACUGCAAGCUGCAAUUAGCAGGCAGCUUUGAAAGCCCCCCUCAAAGACGGCUUCGAAGUUUUGACAGCAUAGGAAAAACGCCUCCAUUUGGAAAGGAACGCCUGUUCGAGACUCCCCUAUUGUAAUCCAUGUUUUAAUUCCUUUUCCGUCUUCAGAAUGACUGAGUCUUCAGCUUCUACAUACAAACAAAAAAAGUGGGGGGCAGAAGAGAUCAGGGAUUUGCAAACACCCUCUUGAUUCCAAAAUUACCUCAGAAGAGCUUUAUUCCAAUCUCUGAAGGAUCCUGGCAAAGGCCAAAAAAACCCCAUUCUUGUUGGGUGGGAAUGAACAAGAUGGUUGCGGCCUGCUAGCUAAAGGGGUGCCGUGCCGUGUCGUUUUAAGUGUUUUUGGCUAUUGAAACGAAAAAUGUCCUUUUUUCCCCCCGGGUAAUAUUACCGUUGCAAUUUAGUGUGGUUACAAGCCCAGGAGCGGGCUCAAAAGAAAAUAAUGCAGGGGGCAAGUUAAUACUUUUAUUUACUUUUAUUUUUUAAAUGGUCUGCCACAGCAUGGUUCUCCCUUCUCUUGCAAAGCAGAGAAAUGAAUUAAUGUUGCACACAAACACACGCACAAAGGACACGCACCAAUACAGUGCAAGAUCGGGGUUCAUAAAUUUAGACAACCCCUAGAGCAGGGGUCUCCAACCUUGGCAAUUUUAAGCUUGGUGGACUUCAAUUCCCAGAAUUCUGGGAGUUGAAGUCCUCCAGGCUUAAAGUUGCCAAGGUUGGAAACCUCUGCCCUUGAUUUUAAAUUUCUGCAUCGUUGGGAGUUUUGCAGCCCAGAACUUUGGCUUCACACACAAACACACACAUACACCUGUCAUUGACAUGUGCCUUUCUAAAACACCCAUAAUAUAAAGAGAGUCUAUUUGUCUGUUCCCUCAGAGACUGAAAUCUCAGAAUUCUACUUGUUCUAUGAAAAUAAGGGACAGAAAGUUUUUUUAAAAAAAAAAAAACAAAAACAAAACUGCUCAUCGCAUCUUGUAUGGGUGGCUUUUGACGUUUUGGGGGCAGACAGUAAAGGCAACUGGCAUCACUACUGGGAGAACAAUCCUUCGGCGGGAGCCUUUCGUCAAACCGGCGUCCACGACGGAGACUUUGAGGCCAACGUGACGCAAACCCUCGCCUCCGUGGCCAAAAUACGGCUCUUCAAAGGCAGAUGACCCCGGCUGUCAGACAAGCGGUGAUCUCCCGACGAGAAGGAAAGGCAGAUGUUUUUAAAAAAUAAAUGGAGUCUUGGAGUGGGGCGGUCCGUCAAGUCUCAGCCGAGAAAGCUUCAGAGAACUGCAAGCAGCAAUUAGCAGGCAGCUUUGAAAGCCCCCCUCAAAGACGGCUUCGAAGUUUUGACAGCGUAGGAAAAACGCCUCCGUUUGGAAAGGGACGCCUGUUCGAGACUCCCCUAUUGUAAUCCAUGUUUUAAUUCCUUUUCCGUCUUCAGAAUGACUGAGUCUUCAGCUUCUACAUACAAACAAAAAAAGUGGGGGGGCAGAAGAGAUCAGGGAUUUGCAAACACCCUCUUGGUUCCAAAAUUACCUCAGAAGAGCUUUAUUCCAAUCUCUGAAGGAUCCUGGCAGAGGCCAAAAAAACCCCAUUCUUGUUGGGUGGGAAUGAACAAGAUGGUUGCGGCCUGCUAGCUAAAGGGGCGCCGUGCCAUGUCGUUUUAAGUGUUUUUGGCUAUUGAAAUGAAAAAUGUCCUUUUUUUUCCCGGGUAAUAUUACCGUUGCAAUUUAGUGUGGCUAAAAGCCCAGGAGCAGGCUCAAAAGAAAAUAAUGCAGGGGGCAGGUUAAUACUUUUAUUUACUUUUAUUUUUUAAAUGGUCUGCCACAGCAUGGUUCUCCAUUCUCUUGCAAAGCAGAGAAAUGAAUUAAUGUUGCACACAAGCACACGCACAAAGGACACGCACCAAUACAGUGCAAGAUCGGGGUUCAUAAAUUUAGACAACCCCUAGAGCAGGGGUCUACAACCUUGGCAAUUUUAAGCUUGGUGGACUUCAACUCCCAGAAUUCUGGGAGUUGAAGUCCUCCAGGCUUAAAGUUGCCAAGGUUGGAAACCUCUGCCCUCGAUUUUAAAUUUCUGCAUCGUUGGGAGUUUUGCAGCCCAGAACUUUGGCUUCACACACAAACACACACAUACACCUGUCAUUGACAUGUGCCUUUCUAAAACACCCAUAAUAUAAAGAGAGUCUAUUUGUCUGUUCCCUCAGAGACUGAAAUCUCAGAAUUCUACUUGUUCUAUGAAAAUAAGGGACAGAAAGUUUUUUUUAAAAAAACAAACAAAACUAAACUGCUCAUCGCAUCUUGUAUGGGUGGCUUUUGACUUUUUGGGCGGCAGAAGAAGGAAAGGAAAAAGGAACCUUUUUUUGUUUUUGGUCAUAUUUUCAAGAAUACUUAGGAGGGGAAAAAAUGAAAGAUUUGUACUUCUAUUUUUUACAGUUGUUGUAAAUUUAAAUAUAUAUAUUUUAAAAGUAUUGAGAGUUAAAAAAAAAAAAAGUGGGGAUGGAGAGGUUGUCCCAUCAGCGUGAGUACAGGAAGCCACGGAUCUGAGAAAACGUAGUUUGCCAACAUAGUCUGUUCCAUCCGAAUUCCAGGAGGUCCAUUUUGAGAGAGAGGAACUAUUGGAAGAACUCCAAUUAAAACCAAUCAGCUUGGUUGACACCCGAACCAUCAAUAAAAAGUCCAAAUAGAAUAGAAUAACAGAGUUGGAAGGGACCUUGGAGGUCUUCUAGUCCAACCCCUUGCUUAGGCAGGAAACCCUACACCACUUCAGACAAAUGGUUAUCCAACAUCUUCUUAAAAAUUUCCAGUGUUGUAGCAUUCACAACUUCUGCAGGCAAGUUGUUCCACUGAUUAAUUGUUCUCACUGUCAGAAAAUUUCUCCUUAGUUCUAGGUUGCUUCUCUCCUUGAUUAGUUUCCACCCAUUGUUUCUUGUCUUGCCCUCAGGUGCUCUGGAGAAUAGCUUGACUCUCUCUUCUUUGUGGCAGCCCCUGAGAUAUUAGAACAUUGCUAUCAUGUCUCCCAUAGUUCUCCUCCUUUUCAUCAAAGUAGACAUACCCAGUUCCUGCAACUUCUUCAUAUGUUUUAGCCUCUAGUCCCCUAAUCAUCUUUGUUGCUCUUCUCUGCCCUCAAAUAACAAUCUACAGUCCCCAGUUGCAAAAGUUACAGAACUUUUACAGAAAAGUGACAGGAGAAGGACUUCAAUGCUCUAGAAUGUGGACCUUAAACUUAGAUAAAUGUAGCCAACCAGCUGUUUGGACAGCCAACCCCAGAAGCCAAUUGGGGAGGUACUGAAGAGGUAGCAGCAUUGUGAAAAUGGAGAUGGAUGGAUGAUUAUUACCUCAUUUAACUAGACAUCCAACAACCCUCCUCUCUCAUCUGUAGGACACAAAGAACUACUAAGGAUCAAGAUGCUACUUUGCAUGCCUUUUUCAUUGUGCAUUGAUCCAUCUUUCCACACCAUGGAAUCCUACUAUUGGGUUUGGAAUGUUAGGCACCAUAGUCUAGCACUUCUGGAAGUACUACCCAGAUUGAGCUAGGCUGGUCUAGAACAUGGAACCACUUCUUUUUAUAAAACAGAAAAAUAAAAUUGGGGUUGCAAUGUAAACUUCCCCCUCCCUCCAAGAGUUCCUUGACGGGUUGCUAGUCUACUUUCUGGUUUGGAGGUCGUAGGAUGACGCUGUCUUCUUCAAAAGAAAACCUGGCCGAUUUCAAAUGAGCUACAUUUUUAAGUAGAUUGUCCCGAGUACCGUAAAUCAAAGCCUUCAUACAUUUUGUAGCACAGGUUUAAAUCACGAUUUCUUUAAAUCAUGCUCAAGGACAUUAGUCCUCCUGAGACUGUAUGGCUUCUGGAAUGAAAUUGAGCUUCUUUUUCUAGACUUUUCUAGGUUCUGCAGUUUGUUUUUUCUUUUAAUGGCGAGUUAUUUACGUACAGGAAAAGGUGCUUCUACUUAUCUCCAUGAAGACAUGUGCCUCUUGAAUUCUGCUGAUCAAACUUUGAUUAAGGAUUAGAGCAGGCCAAAGUAACUUCGUCUUGCUCAGUUGCCAUCCUUAAACUGUGUACCCCAAAUCCUCUCUUCAGGGGUUUGCUUUUAUGCUGUAUUUUUAAACUACCAAACAGGAAUAAAAGAAUUGAUCUAAAUGUU